AUGGAUCGAAAGGAGUCUGACAACCUCACAAUAGCCGCUGGCCAUCCACCAUUGCUUCGACAAACCUGCUGUGACCAAGAGGGCGUGACCUUUCUGCCUGCUGACUUCAAACAGACACUUGAAAAGGAAACACAGUCAGAGAGGCUUUCGUGUGGUGGCAACUCAGACCAAAAACCCCAUCAGCACCUGCAGCAGCACGAAAACGCGGUGGAGGGUGAUGCCUGCUACUACCAUUGUGUGCUGUGUAACUACUCGACCAAGGCCAAGCUCAACCUGAUCCAGCAUGUGCGCUCCAUGAAGCACCAGCGCAGUGAGAGCCUCAGGAAGCUUCAGCGAUUGCAGAAGGGCCUCCCGGAGGAGGAGGAGGACCUCAGCUCUAUCUUCACCAUUCGCAAAUGCCCUUCUUCAGAUACAGGAGAGCUGAGUGAGGAUGUGGAGGCUGCUAGUGAGACCACCACAGACCAGGAGGACCAAACCAAAGACAGAGAAAGUGGGGGGGAGAAGGAGCUCACCAAAGGGACAGCAGUGUCCAGCCACUUGGAACGGCACCAGUCAGAUUCCCCGAUCCCCUCCAAAAGGCCCUCUUCACGGUCAGAGGCCUCCGAGAGCCCACUCUCCUCAAAGCGUCCCAGGACAGCUGAGAAGAGCGCUGCGGAGCAGAUGUACCAGUGCCCCUACUGCAAGUUCACCAACACGGACCUAAAUCGUCUCAGAAUGCACGUGAUGACACAGCACUCUGUCCAGCCCAUGCUACGCUGCCCAUUAUGCCAGGACAUGCUCAACAACAAGAUCCACCUGCAGUUCCACCUCACACACCUCCACAGUGUGGCUCCUGACUGUGUUGAUAAGCUUAUUGCCACAGUAACAGCAACUGAAGCACUGCCAGCAAGCAUGUUCAUACCUGUACCUAGUCCAGACAGAGAGUCCCAGAGCACCCCUCAUGCCACAGUCAUCUCUAACUCUGAAGAUACAAAGAAGCAAGCUGAUGCAUCAGAUGCUGAUGCAGAGAAGGGGGUGUCACUGCCUCCAGAAAUAGCUGAAGCUCGCAAGUCACCUCUGGAAGAUCAACAAUUAGAGAGAGAUGAUGCCACAGGAUUCCUGUGCUGGAAGAAAGGCUGUAAUCAAGUGUUCAAGUCAUCCAACUCUCUCCAGAUGCACUUCAAUGAAGUUCACAACAAAAGGCCCCAGUUGCCUGUUUCAGAUCGCCAUGUCUACAAGUACCGCUGUAACCAGUGCAGCCUGGCCUUCAAGACUGUGGAGAAGCUACAGCUCCAUUCACAGUAUCAUGUGAUCAGGGCAGCCACCAUGUGCUGCCUCUGCCAGCGAAGCUUCAGAACACUACAGGCCUUGAAGAAACAUUUAGAAACCAGCCACCUGGAGCUGAGUGAAGCUGAUAUCCAGCAGCUUUAUGGUGGCUUAUUGAUGAAUGGUGACAUAAUGGUAAUGGGUGAUCCAUCCCUUGGUGAGGAGCAUGGAAUUCUGGGAGAAGAUGAUAAAGAAGGGGAUGAAAGUGACCCAGAGGAAAAACAAAGCCCUACAGGUAGUGACUCUGGCUCACUGCAGGAAGAUUCUGGAUCUGAACCUAAACGUGCUUUGCCAUUCAGAAAAGGGCCGAACUUUACUAUGGAGAAGUUCUUGGAUCCAUCUCGUCCUUUCAAGUGCACUGUAUGCAAAGAGUCUUUUACACAGAAGAACAUUCUUCUAGUUCACUAUAACUCUGUCUCCCACCUGCACAAGGUGAAAAGGGCUCUUCAGGAGUCCACUACUGGCCAACCUGAGCCUACCAGCAGCCCUGACAACAAGCCAUUCAAGUGCAGCACUUGUAACGUGGCAUAUAGCCAGAGUUCUACUCUGGAGAUCCACAUGCGCUCUGUUCUACACCAGACCAAAGCUAGGGCAGCCAAACUUGAAGCAGCAGGAGGGAUUACUGGCUCUGCAAGUGCUACUGGUUUAAGUGGCGGAGGCUCCAGCACCAACACUUCAACAUCUAGUCCAAGCCCAGCCAGCAACUCAACUACUAGCUCUGCCAACCACAGUUCUUCUGGGACUCAAACUGGUAGUAGUCUUGGAGGAAACCAUAUGAGCCAGACUCAUAGCAUUGAAACCCUGGGGAAUUCUUCAGUGAGCUGCCAUUCUUCACCAUCUGAGAACCAUGAAGUCAAAAAGUCCAAAUUUACUGACAUGCUGACUGCUAGGGGGCAACAACAACAACAGCAGCAACAGCAACAACAACAACAACAACAACAACAACAACAACAACAACAACAACAGCUUCAGCAACAGCAAUUAGCUCAAGCUCAAGCCCAAGCUCAAGCACAGCUUCAGCAAGAGCUCCAGCAGCAGGCUGCUCUUUUACAAUCACAGCUGUUCAACCCAGCACUUCUGCAGCACUUCCCAAUGACAACUGAUGCACUUCUCCCCCUCCAACAGCAGCAGUUGCUAUUUCCUUUCUACAUCCCUGGAGCAGAAUUUCAGCUGAACCCAGAGAUCAACAUCAGUAGCUCAGCACUUGGCCUAGCAGGAUCCUCCACCUCCUCACUGCUGGAAGAUCUAAAGAACUCAGCCCAGCAGGCCCAGCAGAGUUGCUUGCAGCAGCAGUUGAUGCACCACCACCUUCAGCAGCAACAUCAACAGCAGCAGCAACAACAACAACAACAACAACAACAGCAACAGCAGCAGCAACAACAACAGCAACAGCAGCAGCAACAACAACAGCAACAACAGCAGCAGCAGCAGCAGUCUCAGGGGCAGAUGGCAUUGCUGCAGCAGAGUACGUCUCUCCUCCAGCAGGCUGAAAAAAAGCAUAGAACCCACUCCUCUCAGAAUGAGAAAGACAGAGAAAUACAAAGAGAGAAGGACACAACUGAAAAAAAUGAGGAAUAUUUUAACAGAGAUACAGACAGCAAGUCAAAAGAAAAGAAGGACAUUCAGCAUAUUUCAAUAAACAUAAACCAUGAUAGUGGCUUGCCUCCACCAAGGAUUGCUUCAGAUGCUCGAGGAAAUGCAACUAAAGCCCUGCUGGAAAAUUUUGGGUUUGAGUUAGUAAUACAGUACAAUGAAAAUAAACAGAAAGCUCAGAAAAAGACAGCUGGACCUGCAGGAUCAAGUGGUCCAGGUGGGAUAACAAGAGUGGUGGACCCCAUUGAGGGAUUAGAGAAACUGGAAUGUGAAGCCUGUGGCAAGCUGUUUUCAAACAUACUGAUUCUGAAGAGUCACCAGGAGCAUAUCCACCAGGCUUUCUUUCCAUUUCGAUCCCUUGAGAGAUUCGCCAAGGAAUACAGAGAGCAUUAUGAUAAACUCUAUCCACUGAGACCCCCUACACCAGAGGCUGCUCCGGCUCCGCCACCUCCACCUCCUCCACCUCCGCCACCACCCCAAAGAGCUCCCACACCAAAUAUUCCUGUGUCCACUGCCUCACUCACACCUCCGACUGUACCUCCCCCACAGCCACCAGUGACAAUGGCACAAAUUCCCAUGCCAAUGGAUUUGCCCCUCUUCUCGCCACUGAUGAUGCAGUCCAUGUCUCUCCAGUCCUUGCCCACUCAGUUGCCUCCGCAGCUACCAUCUGUUGAGCCAAGCCUGGCCUCAGACCUGGCCCAGCUCUAUCAACAACAGCUCACACCAGCCAUGCUACAGCAGCAGCAAAACAAGAGGCCACGGACACGAAUCACAGAUGACCAGCUUAGGGUCUUGCGACAGUACUUUGAUAUCAACAAUUCACCAAAUGAGGAGCAGAUUAAAGAGAUGGCAGAUAAGUCAGGGCUGCCACAAAAAGUCAUAAAGCACUGGUUCAGAAACACCCUAUUUAAAGAGCGACAGCGCAACAAAGACUCACCAUACAAUUUCAAUAAUCCACCAACAACAACUCUAGAAGACUCAAAAAUUGACUCUAAACCUCCUUCCCCUGAACCACAGAAACAUGACUUAUAUGGAAGCAAGAGAUCAUCCAGGACUAGAUUUACUGACUACCAGCUAAGAGUACUACAAGAUUUCUUUGAUGCCAAUGCUUAUCCUAAAGAUGAUGAAUUUGAACAGCUCUCUAACCUUCUGAACCUCCCCACUCGUGUUAUUGUUGUGUGGUUCCAAAAUGCUCGCCAGAAGGCAAGGAAGAAUUAUGAAAACCAGGGUGAUGGCGGAAAAGAAGGUGAAAGACGAGAAUUGUCAAAUGACCGCUAUAUCCGCACCUCAAAUCUGAACUACCAGUGCAAGAAAUGCAGUCUGGUUUUCCAGCGUAUAUUUGAUCUAAUAAAACACCAAAAGAAGCUGUGUUACAAAGAUGAAGAUGAGGAUGGACAGUAUGACAGCCAAAAUGAGGAUUCACUGGACUUUUCCCACGAAUCUUAUACUCCCUCUGGGUCUUCCUGUCACACCCCAAUGCCCUCCUCUUCAAGUCUCUGUCCACUUCCACCCUCCACUUCAGCGUUUUCACACCUCCCAUCUACUGAGAAAGAGGAGGCAUCACCAGCAACCACCUCAAACCUCUAUGAUGAGAAGCCCAAGCAGUUACCAGAAAUUUCUCCUGAUCCACGAGAAAACCAAACCACUAUUAAGCAGGAAAUUGUGCAUCAACCCCAGUCUGAGGCACAACACCAUAGACCUCAAAGAGAAGAGAAAAUUCAAAGUAUGUCCAAGCCCAUCAAACACUCAUCUCCUUCCUUCUCUCAGCAACAGCAGCAGUGUGGUCCCUCAGCCUCUCAGACAAGUCAGGCCUCAUCACAAAGCUCUCACUUGAGCCUCAAUGCGCACCUGACCUCUGCCACACAACAACUGGCACAACAGAUGAUCCAGUACCAGUGUGAGCAGUGCAAAAUUGGCUUCCCCUCCUUUGAGCACUGGCAGGAACACCAGCAAUUACACUUCCUUUCUGUGCAAAAUCAAUUCAUCCACCCUCAAUUCCUCGAUCGUCCAAUUGACAUGCCUUUCAUGCUGUUUGAUCCCAGCAAUCCUCUGCUCGCAAGUCAGCUACUCUCCGGGGCAAUGCCACAGAUUCCCAGCAGCUCUGCCACCUCUCCGUCCACCCCCACCUCCACCAUGAACUCCUUGAAGAGGAAGUUAGAGGAGAAAGCUGGCACUAGCCCAGGAGAGAACGACAGCACAAAUAGCGGAGAAGAGCCACAGAGAGACAAGCGGCUCAGAACCACCAUCACACCUGAGCAGCUAGAGAUCCUUUAUCAGAAGUAUUUAUUAGAUUCAAAUCCCACACGUAAAAUGCUUGACCACAUUGCUCAUGAGGUGGGGUUAAAGAAGAGAGUAGUGCAAGUCUGGUUCCAAAAUACCAGAGCGAGGGAGAGAAAAGGCCAGUUUAGAGCAGUAGGGCCAGCUCAAGCUCAUCGUAGGUGCCCUUUUUGUCGAGCUCUUUUUAAAGCAAAAACUGCCCUUGAAGCACACAUUCGCUCUCGUCACUGGCACGAAGCCAAACGUGCUGGAUACAAUUUAGCUCUCGCUGGUAUGUUACCUGAGCACGAAGGUAUGCAGAUAAAAAUGGAUGCUCUAGAGACAUCAAGUUACUCACAACUGGCUCCAUCAAACAGUGAUGGACAAAGCUCAUCCAUGUCACCAGUGAACAAAGGCAUGGAUUUGUCUCCCAGAGCUCUACUGAGCCCUUCAUCCAUUAAAGUUGAGGGGAUGGAAGAUUUUGAGAACGCAACCAUGUCAUCUGUGAACCUCAGCUUUGAUCAAAGCAAACUGGAUAAUGAUGACUGCUCUUCUGUGAAUACAGCCAUCACAGACACAACCACAGGUGAUGAGGCCAAUGCUGAUAAUGACAGUGCUGAUGCAAAGCACAGCCAAAAUAGUGGUGAUUACCUGUCUAAGUCUGGGGGCUCAGCCCCGAUCCUUGAAAAUGAUGACCAGAUGUCCUCAGGGCUGGUAAGCCCUGCAACAAGCUAUUAUACCAAGGACUAUGAAAAUGAACAUAUGAUUGACCACAGUGAGACGUCCAGCCUGGCUGACCCUUGCUCACCAAGUCCUGGAGCGUCAGGUACCAGGAGCAUCGACAGCGGAGAUCGACCUGGCCAAAAGCGCUUCCGAACCCAGAUGACUAACCUCCAGCUGAAAGUGUUAAAAUCCUGUUUUAACGACUACAGGACUCCCACUAUGCUGGAAUGCGAGGUACUUGGCAAUGACAUUGGACUUCCAAAGCGGGUGGUUCAGGUAUGGUUUCAAAAUGCUCGUGCCAAGGAGAAAAAGGCAAAGCUCAACAUGGCCAAGCACUUCGGAAUAAAUCAGACAUCCUAUGAGGGUCCGAAGACUGAAUGCACUUUGUGUGGUGUUAAGUACAGUGCUCGUCUCUCUGUUCGUGAUCACAUUUUCUCCCAGCAACACAUCUCUAAGGUGAAGGAUACCAUUGGCAGCCAGAUCGAUAAGGAAAAAGAAUACUUUGACCCAGCCACUGUCCGCCAACUUAUGGCCCAGCAAGAGAUGGACCGCAUUAAGAAGGCCAAUGAAGUUUUAGGACUGGCACAGCAGCAGGCCAUGCAGCAGCAGCAGGGGAUGUUUGAUAACCCUGCAAUGCAGGCUCUGAAUCUUCAGUCAGCCUAUCCAAAUCUGCAAGGCAUCCCACCUGUCCUUUUGCCAGGGGUUGGCAGCCCCUCUCUUUCCAGCUUUAACUCAUCUAAUUCAGCUUUAACUCCUCCAAAACCUUCAAACCUCCUGAACAUGCCUGGUGCCAGUGUUCCCUCACCUAGUCUCCCCACAUCCGGAUUGCCCAACAAGCCUCCCUCCUCAUCGUCUCUUGCCGCAUCCAGCCCAGCCCAGCCCAACACAUCUGCUUCCCACUCAAGCCCCACCUCCACAUCCAACUCCACUUCCUCAACCACCCAGUCUGGCUCCCGGCCUGAACCCCCCAAAGAACGUGAUGCUGAGAGGGUAAGAGAGAAGGAGAAGCCCAGGGAAAAGACAGAGAAGCCCUCAACCCCAUCAUCAACUGGAAGCACCCCUGCCCCUUCAACUUCUGCUGCCAGUGCCAAGAAGGAGAAACCAGACACAGCUGUACCUGCCACCUCUAUGCCCACACCUGGCAUGGAGUAUGUGGUGGACCCUGCCCAGCUUCAGGCCCUGCAGGCUGCUUUGGCAUCAGACCCUACAGCUCUCCUCACAAACCAGUUCCUGCCCUACUUCAUGCCUGGCUUUUCCCCAUAUUACACCCCACAGAUCCCUGGGGCUCUCCAAGGAGGUUACCUGCAACCAAUGUAUGGUAUGGAAAGUCUCUUCCCUUACAACCCAGCAUUGUCACAAGCACUGAUGGGCCUGUCUCCAGGGUCCCUGCUGCAGCAUUACCAGCAAUAUCAGCAGAGCUUGCAGGAGGCACUACAGCAGCAGCAACGGCAGCUUCAGCAGAUCCAGCAACCCAAGGUGAGCCAAACUCCAGUUCCCCCUCAACCCUUGGGGGAUCGCAAAGAAUCUGCCAAAGAUCAAGUGAAAACAGAGCAAAAGGGCAACCCCCAUAGUGAACCCCCUACUUCCUCUUCAUCCUCCUCCUCCUCUCAUAAAAAAAUACCCCCUGAGCAGAAUGAGAUGGAUGGCAAAGCUGUGGACCCCCAUCUAGACCAGUACAUCGUCCCCAAGGUGCAGUAUAAAGUGGCAUGCCGCAAGUGUCAAGCAGUUUUCACCAAGGAAGAAGCGGCUAUUACCCACCUUAAAUCUAACUGUUUUUUCGGUCAGUCUGUGGCAAACCUGCAAGAGAUGUUGCUGCGUGUCCCCGGUGGCGUAGGUGCAGGGGUUGGAAGUCUCUAUGACUGCCUGGCUUGUAACACUACGUUGGAUGGGGAGAAAGCACUCAGUCAACACCUGGAAUCGGCAUUGCACAAACACAGAACAAUCAAGCGAUCAGCCAGAAAUGCCAAAGAGCACGCUACUAGUUUAUUACCUCACUCUUCAGCCUGCUUCCCCAAUCCUAACACCGCAUCUACCUCGCAGUCUGCCACUCAUCCCAUCAGCAGCCCCCCUCCCCCGCCAACAUCAUCGGCCACCAUGCCAUCCUCUGCUGUCUCCUCUUCCCUGUGCUCCUCCUCUACUACCCCACUCAACACCACAGCUGCCGGCAAACCAUGGCCCCAGGCCGCUUUCUCCAGAGCUUUAGCUGGGAAGCCCAAUGCCAGUCCCUCCUCUUCUUCCUCCUCUUUUCCUCCAAUGUCCUCACCUUCAACGGUUACCUCAAGUUCAUUGAGCACCUCAGGAGUUCAGACCUCGAUACCAACAGACGUCUUUACCGACGAGUCUGACUCUGACAGCAGUCAGAAGUCAGCAGACAGGCUGGGCAGGACGGCGGAGGAGCCGCAGCAGCCUGGCUUUGUCAAAGACAGUAGUAGUUGUAGUAGUAAUCUUGCUAGUGUAGGAACAGACUCCAUCAGAUUGUAAAAGAGCUUUCAGUGAUGGACAAUAUUUAAAAAAACACUAAAAAAGACAAAAAAAAAUCACAAAUGGAAAAAACAUAAAAAGCAGCAAUGUUAAAAAUACAUUAAAAGUAUACAAACCAAUUUCAGAAAAAGAUGUGUAAAGACUAACUGCAAUUCCAAAGCUUGUAACCAAAAAUUUAAAUGUUAGUGGAUUGUUUUCCCAUAUCAACAUGCUGGUUUUCGUUUUGUUGUUUUUGUUUUUGUUUUACUCAACUGAAAUACAUGCAUACUAAUAUAUGAGAAUAGAAAAGAUCGCUGCAGUUAUGUUUUGGGUAAUGGUAGAGGAAUGCUGUACUGUAUGGCAAUGGACUGCCUCAAAGUUGACAAACGGCCCAAGAACCCUUUUGAAGAAAUACGAGUCAACAAGCUGUCCCUUUGUUUUGUAAUAAUUUCUACUUAAUAGCACAGUCACAAAAAGCCAGUAUGUACUGUAUGGGAGAAUAGUCUAUCAGUUUUCUUGCUAUUUAAGAAUUCAGAUACCAAUGGCUUGCAAAAGUAAAAGAAUAAUGUAAUGUCUAUUUUAUUCUCAGGUCAACAGCUCACAGAUGUUUUUCUGUUACAGAAAUCCAUGUUAUACACCUUUUGUUUCCAACAGGAGAACUUGAUUUAAUAGCUGAAAGUUUUAAGUUGAAUGAAAUUUUUAAUAAGGCAUUGUGUCUGGGCAUUCAAAAAGGAUAAAUGAUUUGCUGAUUUUGACAUUAGAAAUCCUUUUAAAUGGGGCGGGGGGGUCACAAUCUCAUUCAGACAAGGAGAGCAUUGCAGACAUAAAACCGGGCGAUAAAAAGAGUUUUGAUUAAAGAAAAACAACCUUCUGUAUUUAUGAUAGAUAUGAACAUUUUUGGUGUUAAGUAGAUUGUCGCAUUGGAAAUGAAUUUAAACAGUAUGGUAGGUUGAAAAAACGUUGUGUACAUUUAGCUUUUGUAUUGUCCAACUUUAAGACGCUUCAUUUGAUGUUGUCUUGGUCAUUCCGAUAGACUAGAUUAUGGACAGGUAAUUUAUCUCAACUUUAUUUCUGUCUUAUUCUGGACUUCUUGGGAAACAUUCACCCUAAUGCCCCACCUGACAAGGCAGGAUCGUCCUUUAGAAUUAUUUAAAUUUUAUGGUUUGGUUGGUAUUGCACUAACCAAAACAAAAAUGAUCCUGGGUGAAAUAUUGAAAGUUUUAUUUAAUUUAAUUUUUGUGUUACCUUUGUGCACUUAUCACUGUCUGACUCCGAUUUCUCACUCUACUUGUUCCUCUCUUCGCACUUAUUUUUCUCUGCCCUCCUGUGUUUGUAGAUAUGUACACUACAAAGCAGGUAUUUUGUUCUUCAUGUAGUGUGGCUACAGUCUUUAUUUUCAUUUUGACAUUUAUGUUGCCAUAAAUGAAAAUGAAAAAAUAAUACUAAUAAUAAUUCUCACGCUUUAAGACAAAAAGAAAAUCCAAAGACUAAACACUUUCACCAUUGGUGCAUAAAUAUGAGAAAAGAGGCUUCUUUAUACUUGAGAAUUUGUUGCUGUUUUUAGAGGAAAGAAAACUAAGUUUUAAAAGAUAAAGGAGUACGCAUCAGAGUUGCCGUUUUUGCUUCUUUGCAAGCAAACAGGUGGCUUUUUUACGUAAAUACCAAAAACCAAAAAGGGCCCUUGUCCUUGCAUUGUGGAGUAGCACCGUUACAGAGCCAUUGCAGUUUGUAAGAUAGAGGUUAUUAAUCUUUGUUUGACUUUUUUGUCACAUUCAAAUGUCCAUUUUUUUAAAGAAAAUGUAUAAGGUCUGGUCUUCAAGGACAUACGUUUUGCUGCUAAUGUAGAAUUUUGAAAGAAAAAAAAGUACCUAGAUGCAUGCUCAUUUUGCUUUUGGCUAAGCUUUAAUUAAAACAAACAAUAAACCAAUUUCUUGCCUCUGCAACACCUUUUUUUUCUUGUUGCAAAAAUGGAACUUUGAAGACUGUGAAUAUAUGUUCCAAAGGACAUUUUGCCGAUUUUCUUUUUGAACAGACCAAUGUUUAAAGCCAAUGAUCUAUAACGUUUGUAAAGAACAGUGCAUUCCAAAUAUCACAAUGGAUUUUUCUUAAGCAAGGACUUGUCCUAUUUCCUUUAAUUGCUUUUAAUUGUCACAAUCUAUUUUUUUUCCUCAUAUUUAAAGUGACUGUAAACUGUUGUGUAAAUUUUUGCAUCAUUGGUUGCUGAACAAAGUGACCUCCAUAUGUCAUUUUGUGCUGGCAUGGAACAUUGCUGAAAAUCCCUCCAUUCAGUCAAGGUUGUUGCUCACUUGUUAAGCAAGUAAUAGUGGUUACCAAAAAAUGUAUAUAAUACAUCUGGUACUGAUGCGUCUCAUAGGUUUAGUAACAUUUAUGACAGUCAACAUACAAGUAGUCUCGGAGGCAAAUGCUGGCUGUAUUGCUGAGGUGUUCUUGCCCCCUUCCUGGGAAAUCCACCAGUGACUUGUCCCAUGUGUCUGCAGGAUGCCACUUCCACGCAUAGAUUACAGGUUUUUAAGGGAUACCUUCAUUCCAAAGCAUUAUUUCUGGAAAAAGGUUUUUUGAAGAUGUCCCUUGAUUUCAAAUAGCUAGGAUGCUUUCAUGUCCAAAGAAGUCACCCACUUAAUUUUAUUGCAAUGGAAAUGGAUGUGCAUAGGUACCCCAACCCUUUCACUGAUGAUCCGAUUAACUAAAAUUUGUAUUUUUUCAACCAAAACCAAGACAUAUUUGAAUUUGUGAAGACCUACUUUUUGGCCACUAUUGUAUAGCCAAUAUAUUCGCAAUAAUGAAUACACAGCAAAAUCUAAAAAGUGUGUUUAAAGUGCUUCAUCUUGCAGAGCAAUGUGAUUUGGUGUUAAUACUACAGCAUGCUGUUGAAAGUCAGGAGAUUUUGUCUGCAAGCUUGCUAUUUCUCUGAAGUCCAGUUCCCUGAAAUAUUGUUCAUAUGUACUUUCUUAUUUGUUGAAAAUUCUUAAGUUGUACAGUUUGUCUAAUAUCUUUGCUUUAUUUUCAUUUUUCAGAAAAUGUCAGACAUGUAUUGUUAUUAAGUAUUUGUAUUUUAUUUUAGUUUCUGUAUAUUACUUUUUAUCAUAAAUUAACACUAGCUUUAAUUUGAAUUGUUGAAAUUCCAACACAAAAACAAAAAAUAUGACCUGGCCACUUUAUGGUGUGAUAAUGUCCUUUUUAUAUUCAUUGUCUCAAUGAUAAUGUAUGCUCUCUUAUUUCCAAAGUGUAAUCUUUUGGGCUCUUUUGUGAAAGACAAAGUUGAGGUCUCUACAUCAGAUUCAGCCAGCAUGGACUCUGUGUGUGUGUGUGUGUGUGUGUAUGUAUGUGUGUGUUUAUUUCAUAAGAGCCAGCAUCAAUUAAAUUUUUUCUUGUUUGCCUUUUAUUUUUUAUGUUUCACACCAAAACAAACUGAACCACAAACCUGGAUUAUGAAUAACUGAAAUUUAGAAAAUCAAAUUUUAAAGAUAAUGAUUAGAAACGAGAAUGAUCAUACUGAAGCACUGAGCAGUUUUUACUUUGAUUGAAUAUAUGAAUGUGGCCAAAGCUUUAUGCAGUUGAAACAAAAAGAAAAAAAUUACAAGUUGUGCCCCAGAUAAGUGUAUAUUUUAUUGUGGCACAAGACGCUAUUGUGGAUAAUUGGAUCCACUGACUUACAUUGGGAUACUUGAUUUUAAUGGACAUUUACAAAGAGAGAGAUAAAGACAAGGUUUUGCUGUAGAGGUCAUCUUUUGCCCACUGUGAAAACAAACGUGUACCUGUAUACAGAUAUAGAUAUAUUUAAAACAAGACAUCAAACUUUUUUUGUUUUUGAGAUGAAGAAGGAAUGAAAAGAAAAAGGACUCUGGGAAGCUUUGGAAAUCUUGUUAGGAGGACAUGAAAGGCUGUGGGCACACCAAAACUGGGCAUGGGAGCCAAAGGCAGGCUCAAAACAGCUUUAAAACCACCUCCAUAUUUGAUUACUGACAACUCUGUAAUGGGAAUGGACUCUGGAACCAAUGGACAUGUGUGACACAGAGAGGAAAGUCCUUAGAUGAAACUGAACUUAAGUGGCUCCAGCUGCCUCUUUCUCCUUUCUGUCUGUCUCUUUAUUUCUCCAGCUCUGCCUCUGCUUCUGCUCUUUGAUGGACAUUUUCCAAAUUUCAGGACAGGAUGGACAGAGAUGCUUGCUUCAUUUCUCCCAGUUCAUUCAUUUCCUUGUACUUGUCUCUGGUUGACAAGUAAAGCUCUCCAGUCAAAUGGCGGCUCACCCCUCUCUCUGUUGAUUACAUAAUCUAAAAAGAGAAAUGAGUAACAGAGAGAGGGGACGGGUUCUCAAAACUGUCAUUCUUAAAGAGGCAGUUACACUAAAAAAGCGUAUUAACCAAAAUUAACAACCAAACUAACAACCAAACAACCAUUUGCUCCAACUUCAAAGAUGAACUGUUACUUGGAGCUCUCUGUUCCUUUUGUGACUUCUGGUGCCACAAUGUUUUUUUAUGCUUUUAGUUUUUCUUUUCGUUUCCUUGAAUUACUCCUCCUUCGAGCCUCAUAAGCAUGGCUCUGUGGCUCCAGGCAGCCCAUCCGAGGGUAGAAAAAAACAGCCUUGCAAUGUACAAAAAAGAGCAAGUUAAACCAAAAAUGUUGUUCUUGAUGUCUUUUCUAUACUGUAGUCUUGUUAGCUUUUUUGUUACUGUAAUUAUAUGAUGAAGAUUUCCAAACUGUACCAAAUUACAUGGAAACUAACAUACAUACAACCACAUGGAACUUCAGACUUUUAAAGAAACUUUUGUCACAAAACCUUGUUGUCCUAGUUAAGUUGAUUGUAGAUGGUAAUUGAAUAUACUCCUUUGAAAAUAUUUCAUCAAGUAUGUUUCUUGCUCAUUGUGAUACAUUAAAAAAGUAUGAGCAUA